UGAAACUUAGAUGAAGGGUUUAUGUGUAACACUUCAUAUAUGAACUAAAUAUGGUGUUAGAAGUUAAAGUCAGUGUGAGCAAGAAGAAAAAGAAGAUUUUGUAGAUGAAUAUGAAAAUGACCCAUACAAGUAUUGAUCCAUAUUUUUCCAAUAAGCACAAUGGAAAAUGUCGUAUGCCUACAAUGAUGAAUAAAGGGCAGUAAAUCUCUCAACAGACUAAGAUACCUGCAUGAAAAGUAUAGAUUUAAGACUGACAUGGGUAAUUCCAACUCUACUGAUAGUCUACUGGAGCAGUAUGAAGGUAAAAUAGAAAUCAUUGAACCUCUUAAUCUGAGGGAUAAUGGUUUUGAAGACGAUGAAAUUCAGGAGGACACAGAUAAUGAAGAGGAUGAUAGCGAUGAUGAAUUCUAUGAUGCAGAUGAAUUUAAUGAAAAGCGUCCUCCCACACUGAUUGAUGUAUCCAUUGUUUCCAAGCUUGUGACUGAAGUUGAAGAACUUCUGAACCAUGUAACACGACAGGAUUACCAGGCUGCUUAUGAUGCAGCCAAAAUAUUACAGCAAGUCAAUAUAGGAUCUGCCUUUACUGGUGACAGAAUUAAAUCCUUGGAGAUAACGUCAAAACUGCAAAAAGAGAAAAUAAGAAAUAUCAGAAGACAACUUCCUCAACCUAAAGUAAGAUACUCAAGUUCUAGUCCUUCCAGGCUCAGUUCAAGUGGAGAUGACACUACAUCAUCAGGUCAUGUGACUAAAAUUAACCGACCAAAUUUAACCAGUCAAGUGAGACAAAACAAAAGUGAUGCUACUUUGAACAAAGAUGUAUAUAAAAACAAGGGAAAUAACACUGCUCAAAUGCAAAAGGAUGUGAAUAAAACAACCAGUGAGAACAACAAUAAUGUAAAACGUUUGUCAUCUUCCUUGACCAAUCAGGUUGGUGCUGUUCCUGAUUUGAUAAGAGUAACACCAGAUUUAAAUGAAGAUAGUCUAGUUUGGGACGUUGAUGUCGCUGAUAUAACAGCUAAAAGAUCUGUGAAGAAGCCAGUGUUGCCUAGUGAGAGAGAAGAUGCACUUACAGAUUAUAUUCCCCCAACUGUUACUGCUACAUACUCCCAAAUUGCUGCUCGGAAAGUCAUGGACCAAAAAAGAUGGAUUUGUAUGAGUAGACCACAGUACAGUAAAUCGUGUGGUAUUUCGUCUGUUGUUUCGUGUUGGAAUUACCUCUUUAGUACUUUAGGACAUGGAAGCCUUUCUCCAAUUACUCAAGAAGAAGCUUUAAUAUUUUUGGGAUUUAAACCUCCAUUUGGUGAAAUAAGAUUUGGACCUUUUACUGGAAACAUUACUCUUAUGAGAUGGUUUAGACAGUUGAAUGACCACUACAAAGUGAAAGGGAGGUGUUUUAACUUGUACAAACCACAGGGUAAAAAUAAAACCAGUGGAUUAACAUCAGAUGAAGCUCUAGUCAUAUUAAAGAAAGGACUCCAGGAUCCUAAUAUAGCCUUUAUAUACCACUGCCAGAAUCAUUACUUCUGUCCUAUUGGUUAUGAAGAUACUCCAUGUAAAGCUGAGCAGGCUUACAGUAGUGAAUUAUCAGAGGAAGAUUGUAACACAUGGCUAUUAAUAGGAGAUCCUAGUAAACGACACCCAUGUAUACAUUGUAAACGAUGGGAAGAUAUAUCAGUAGAUCUCAAUUGCACGAAUCCAGAUUAUGUUGAUAUACGACGGCUGGAAAAGGGACUACAAAAACGUAAUACUAAAAAAGUUGGUGGAAACUUGCAUUGUAUAAUGGCAUUUCAAAAAUGCCAAAUGCCUCAGACCCAUGCUUCACGCAGAACUCAAAUUCCUGUUUUAGGAGGUGCUGUGAAAAGAUCCUCCUCUGGAGGAAGACCAAAUACAAGCCCUGCUAGAAGUUGCAGUCCACCACAACCAGUUGGAGGUUCCCCCAUAAGCCCUGCUAGUCCUAGUUCUUCUCGUUUCGGUUUUAUUCAAAAGGAUAUCAAAAGUGGAUCAGAAUCUGCAUUUAACUUUCAGAACAAGAACCAAGAUCAUAUAAAAAAGAAUCCUAAUGACUUAGAUUAUGAAAAAUUGAUAGCAAGCCAAAUUAACAACGAAGAUGAAGAUGAAGUCUGUGAGGAUGACACAGAAACUGAAUCGGUUAUAAGUAAUGACUGAUGUUAUUUUUUAGGCUGUGUUAUACCAUUAAAAAAAUUUUUGUUACAAAAAUAUCACGCUAAAAAAAUCUUAUAUUGACAUGGAAAAUUUAGGCAGAUACUUUAGAAAAAUGUCCUGUUUCAGGAUUCAAAAUGUGCCAUAUUUUUCUUGGAUAUUUUAAAACUCCUUCCACUUUCUGGUGUUGUUUUUGAUUGCAAAGAACAUAUUUUUUGGUCACACAUAUCAACAUUUGACUAUUUCAUCAUGUCAGAUUGCAGAAACAGGUUUAUUAUUUUGCCAGAUAUGUAUAAAAUGAAAUGGUUUUUUUGUAAAGUAGUUUUUUACUUUUUUCAUACAUAUACGGUAGAAAAGAUUUGUAUAUUAAUUACCAGCAAUCAGCCAUUGCAUAAAUGGACAUUUUGUGUUUAUAAGCAUGACUCACGUGUUCAUUGUGACUGUAUGUAAUGUAUUCAUAUGGUAUAGUCUAUGGCAGAAGAUUAUAGUGGAAUCCUAUUUAUGGAUCAGCAUCAUAUAAUUUAUAUGCAUGUAUUUUAAGAUUUGUAUCAAUUUCUCACUGUUUUAAAGUAUAUAUUUGUUUUCUUUAGCUUGAUUUUUUUUGGUUUGAAAUAUGACAUCUACAGACAAGACAAAAAAAAUAACAAAUGAAGAGAUAAAAAUUGAUCAGGUCAAUAUUUUCCACAACUAAAAAGAUCAAAGAUAUUUUUGGCUUAAUUUUGGAGGCUGAGGAAUGUUACAGAACAUUGAAUGUUCACAGUAAAUAAUGUGCUGACUUUCAGUUUAUGAUAAUGGUUUUUGCAUAAUAAACUAUAUGCUGUAUGCAUGACAAUAGUUAACGGGAGGCAAUUGUUAAUGUUGAUUAAAUUUGAGAUAUUUUUGUGAAAUGCAAUUUCCAUUUGAAUCUAUUUAUUAUUAUCUCACAGUAAUUGUACUUGAUUAUCUUAUUAUACAUAUCCAAUACUAAUAAAAGUAUUAUUAUUAUGAAGUA